AUGCCCAAAAUCUCAAGAAACUGCGCCAACUGUCGCGCAAUAAAGCGCCGCUGCGACCAGCAGCUCCCCCAUUGUGGACAGUGCAUCCGGGCGCGCCAGAAGUGUCCGGGGUACCGCGAUGAAUGGGAACUCGUUUUCCGCGAUCAGACUGACCGGACGAUCAAACGAACCGAGGAGAAACGCGUGACCAAGUUAAAUCCGGCAUGUAUCACCACGAUACGCAAAGCCAAGUGCGAUGAGACAUAUCCACACUACACAGGAUCCACAUGCACUAGUCGAAAAUGCGAUGGUUAUCUAGGCCUGCUGUCGCUGAAGCCGACGAUGAUGCCGGAUGUGAAUCCCAUUGAACUACGCAGCUUGGCCUUCUUCCAACAGGUGGUGGCCCCGGUUCUCUCAGGCCCAUUAGGCCGCUCGUUUUGGACCCAGAUGGUUAUCCAGGUGGUACACCAAGACUCCGCUGCCCGACAUGCCACUAUGGCCAUUAGCGUCCUGUACGAACGGCUCGACCAAAAUCCCCAGGAUUCCGUAGUCCCGUAUGACAGCGGCUUUAUGCUUCGUCAUUAUAACCAAGCAAUUAAGUCCGUUCUUGCGUUGAAAGCCCCGGGACCCUCUGAUCUCGAUACAGUACUGCUCAUAUGCGUUCUGUUCACCUGCAUCGAGUUUCUUCGGGGGGACGUCGAAGCCGCCCUCCAGCACUGCAGGCACGGCACUCAGAUUCUCACCUUCCACACUCCUCAACCAGAGCUGUUGGCCAUCUUACGCCACAUGGGUAUCUUCCCGCUCUUCGCUGCCAACAAACAUUCAGAUCACCCUCUCAGCGCCAGUCAAAUUCCGAUUACUACCGGCCCAUUUCAGUCCCUGCUCCAGGCACAAGAGGCGCUAGAUAGGCUCACUCACCAUAUAGUGGGGCUCUUCCGGGCAAAGGACCAUUGUAGGGCCUCUGAUAUAUCCUCUUCUGCAUGGCCUCCGACACCGCUCAUUAAACAACAAGAGCGAGUGGUCAGGGGCCUAGAGGUGUGGCAGUCAGCAAUGACCGAAUUCAAAUCGCGCAAUCCCAUACCCCAAGCACAUGCGACUAUCGACCGAAUCCUGCAGGUACGAUGGCUUGCAGGUAAAAUCUGGUCGAGUGCCUGCUUGACUCCCGGGGAGGGCGUGUACAACGCAUACAUGGAUGAGUUCGAGCAAAUUAUUGAGCUAGCGAGCUACGCGGACCCCCCGGCCAAGGAUUCAUCCUCGCCGAGACUCCCCAAAUUCACGUUCGAGAUGGGCUUUGUGAGCGCGGUGUAUUUCGUCGCUCUGAAAUGCCGCCACCUUCCUCUUCGUCUCAAAGCGCUGUCGAUGCUGGCGACUGUUGGCUGCCCCAGGGAGACCAUGUGGGACAGAGAUGUUAUGAAGGGGAUUGUGACGGGGAUUAUUGAAUGGGAGCACGAUGUCAAGCUCACCCCGGAGAAAAUCGAGGAGAUCAUGGCCAUGAAAGAAAGUCCCCCUGAGCCGUCCAAGGAUCGGCGAAUUGGAGACUUGGGCGUCGAAGAUGCGGAUGCGAAUGAGCUGGUUAACCCAGAGCCAGCCACCAAAAUGAUAUUCCACCUUCCUGCUUCUUAA